UUGAUUUUUUUUUAUUCUGCUUCUUUAUUGAAGCUCUUGUUCUGAUCUGGUUGAAACUCUUGGCUUAAGUAAGUCAGGCAAUCGACAAACAUUGGUGCCCAUUAUGUGCCAGGCAUUGCUAUGUAGUACGUAAACGACCAUAAGGUCAACAAUGAUAUUGGGUCUUUUUUUUGGCAUAAAUAUAACAUUGUUGUUAACAUAGAAUACUUAAAUAUUCAAAAUAUAUAAAAUGUUAUGUUGAAUAUAUCUUAAAUAUUCUUAUUCUUAAAUAUUCAAAACAUAAAUGUAACAAACUAUUUGUAUUGUCAUAUAGUACGAUAUGUAAAACAACAUUUAUUAGAAAUACAUAUAUAACGUAGUUCUAUCUACAUCUAUCACUCUAUCACGCAUACCUAAUACAUCUAUCAAGCCCCAUACUUUUCCCCUUCUCUCUCAUCCCCAUACCCCAGAAUCCAAGUCACUGGCCAGUUAAGUUCCCUUAAGAGGACAUUUCUUCCAGGACUAUUUCCUCUUCCAGUUCAAGACUGGUAACUCAGAGGCGCACUCGCAGUGGACUCGGCUCCUCUACCCCGCCUCCAUCCGGCUCUUUUUCCCAGGAAACCCUACGGCUUCCCUUUGGGAACGUUCAUAGUUACUCUUUACUUCUGGGGUCAUCGGAGGCGGGCCCGUCGGAGCUCCAUUGGGUAACCCGACGCCGUUGCCAUGGAAAUGGUGCCAUGGAAAUGGUUCCCCGGAAGUGCUGGGGCCAGCCCAGGAGCAUUCUCUUUUUCCUGCAACUGGCUUGGCAGGCGGUGGUGGCGGCUAUAGCGGUGGCGGCGGAGGCGGCGGCGGCGGCGGCGGCGGGGGGGUGGGGGGAGGGGGGCAUGGCGGGCGUGAGGAGCUGGGACAUGUUGAGUCCGUGACUAGUUGUGUCUCCUAGUGGGGAGCCUGCUCUGCCCGGCUCCCAGAGGCCCCCCACCCGGCCGCUACUAUGUUACAGGAAGUCUCUGAGCUGGGCUCGGAAGCGGGAGAUGACAGUCUAUCUGCGAUUACCUACGAAUCAGACUUAGAGAUGAAAUCAAAAAAGAAAGCGUUUCACAAAUAUCCACCAAGAUCACCAAAGUCCCCCUAUCACACUAAGCCUAAACAGAUCACAUCUUGGAGAUAUUUAAAGGCAACAGGGACAAUGCCUCUCAGUGGCAGGAUGGCUUUAACCCCACAGAAACUAUGGCUUGGACCUUCAAAACAAGGUCAUAGUCCCGGUGCCCCUGUUUAUAGAGAGAAGGAAGAUAUGUAUGAUGAGAUUAUUGAAUUAAAGAAGUCAUUACACUCUCAAAAAGGUGAUGUGGAUUUUAUGAAAACAAAACUUCGACGAUUAGAAGAAGAAAAUAGCAGAAAGGAUCGGCAGAUUGAACACCUCCUGGAUCCUAAUCGAGGCUGUGAAUUUGCCCGGAGUAUGGUUGACAAAAGGCCUGGUACUGGCUGGGUCAUUAAUGGACUAAAACAGAGAAUUAUCAAGUUGGAACAGCAGUGCAAGGAGAAGGACAAUACUAUCACUAAACUUCAAACAGAUAUAAAGAUGACUAAUUUGGAAGAAAUGAGGAUCGCCAUGGAGACUUAUUAUGAAGAGAUCCAUCGUCUCCAGGUUCUUUUGGCAAAUACGGAAACUACAGGAAAGAAAUCCCCAUCUGAUAAAAAGUCAACUCAGAAAAGGCAGAAGAAAUUGAGUGCUACUGUCCUGCAUUUGUCCAGGAAUGUUCAAGAACUUCAGGAGGAGAACCAGAGUUUGAAGGAAGAUCUGGACCGAGUCCUAAGCAAUUCCCCUAUUUCUAAUAAAGCAAAAGGUUAUAGUGAAUGGAGUAAACAGAGACUAAUGAGGCGAAUCUCAGAGUUGGAAAAGAAAGUGGGUGAGCUUGAGAACACAGAAUCUCAGUCUCCAGAACAGGUCAGACUGGUUCCCCUGAUUCAGUCAGCAUCAAGCACCACACAGCAGGAAGCGCUGAGAUCCGAUCAUUCUGACGAGUGUGAACGACUUCGCGGGAUAGUGAGAAAGCUGAAGGGGGACCGGAACACUCUACAAGCUCAGCUGUCUGAUAAAGAUUUGGAAAUGAAGCAGUUACUACAGGCAAAAGCUGCUUUGGAGAAGGAGCUGAAAAAUGUGGAAGAUACAGAGAAAGACAGGAGGGAGAAAGAAGAUACCAUGAGAGAGGAAAUUCAAAGACUUUCCAAGAAGUUGCAAGAGACGGAAGUAGACCAGAGAAAAGUUGAAGAUGACCCCAUGGAGAUAACACAUGAGCCUAAAGAAGAUGCCCCUAUCUCCUCCAACAUUACCCAUGUCCAGACUCAACAAAGUUCUGUAUCGAGUUCAAAUAAUGUGUCCACUCAAUCUCCCAUUUUCCACACUGAUGCCAGAAACAGACAGCAGAGAAAAGAGAAAGCUGCCAGAAUUAUCCAAACCCAAUGGAAGAUAUUCAGGAGAAAGAAAAAAGAGGCUAAUCUGGAUGAGGCGGCUGCUGUACUGCAGGCAGUUUUCAGGGGACAUUUAGCACGGGAGAAGCUGUUUUCGAGCGAUACAUUUGGUUCAGAAUCUCCCAGCAUGCCCAGCUUUCCAAAUAAGAAAUCCGACAGAUCCCGCUGUCAUAGUUCCUCACAUUUGGUGGCUGAUAACAAGGAGGAAGAGGAGGCUAUUGCAGUCAUCCAGUCGAUUUUCAGGGCACACUCAACACGGAUGGGAUACCAUACAAGAAUGUCUGAUUCUUCCAUAAGUGAAAAGAAAUCCGGUUCAGCAUUGUGCAAGAAAUCAGCCUCUCUACUCUCUACGCCAUCUUCUCUUGGAAAAGAAGAUAGUGAUGUUAGUAGCGAAGACACUGUUGAAGAAUUACCUGCUGAUGAUGAGAGUAUGCAGCCAAAAGAGCCCCUGAUUUACCAACCCUGUCAUGCUGUUUCCUCCCACACCCGGUUGCAGUCCAUUGUUGCUUCACCAGUGGAUGAGGAAAGCUCCGACGAUUCCGAUGAUAUUGUCAUCUCUCCAUCUCUGACCAUGAAGAAAAAAAAAUCUCACCAUGUUUAGCUCCAGACUCUCAUAACCCCAUUCACUGUCCCACACUUGAAGCUGCUUUCAUUCUUGGAUGAGAUUAAGGCUGAAAGCAUUUAGGGCCACCUUGAGCUCUUAUUCUCUCAUGCUGGAAGAGCAGUUUGAUUGGUAGGGAAAUGACAUUUAUUUACUGUUCUUAGAGAUUUAUAAAAGGUGCUGAGCUAGCCACAAUGCAAAAUGACUUUUCCUCAUGAGUGGUAGAUAGUCAAAGAAAGCUUCAGAUAGAGUCCAGGGUAGUUUUUCCUUUAUUUUUGAAAGCAUCAUUAUCAGAAUUAUUAGCAGAUGAGAGCCAUAUUUUAAAGAAUGGAAGCCAAUUUUCAGUUUCCCAUAGAUUAACUCUUGUGGGCAUGAUAGCUCCCACAUUCCUGGGCAUGUCCACUCACCUGCUUUAGAACAGUACUGUACAGCACCACAACUCCUCAAAGCGUAGCUGAUGAUUAUGUCAUUGGGAAAAUACAAAUUUAAAAAUUUAUAAACUAAAGAAAUUACAUUAAAAUUACUUUUGAAAAUGUUUUAGAUUGACUUAGCAAGGUGGCCUUACAAAGCCCAGCUGCCAGUAUGACAAGCUAGGGAGGAAUUAACUCUGAGGAGAAGAAAAGUCACUGAUCACGAAGUAAAAAUGAAGUCCCCCCAUUCUGACAUAAAAAGAGCCCUUGAUUGUCAUCUGUGGUAGAGGCAUCAGUUGUUUUAUUCUUACUUUGUAAUAAAAACCACCCUUAAAUCUUGAGCAGUCUAUAACUAAAAGUAAGCUAAGUGCUGAAUUCCUCCAGAAUCCAGCUGCCCAAAAUGGAAGAAGCUGCCAUCCUUGGAAGGAGCAGCUGAAAACACUGGGGAUUAUAGCUAUCAGAAUAGCAUUUCAUCUGUGAGGAAUAUAUUUUCCCCCUAGAAAAUCACAGAUAAGUCCCUUCUUUAAAAAUACACACAGAUCUAUCUUCUAAUUAAAUAUGUUAGAAUUAGGAAGGAGAUGAAACUUCAGAACACCCCUUGGCCAGAAGACAUAUAAUGCCUUUUUAGAAAACAAGAUUCAGAUAUUGCAUUAAUGCCCAGCUUUCCUGUAUCUUGUGCUAGAGACUUCACUACAAGCCCCUGGUUCUGCAGUCGUUUCCUUGUGGCCUAAAGUAGUCAUUGGCAGCAGGGAAACAGAUGGGAGCUAUUGAUUUACAUAGUUCUUCUGUACAGUGACCAAAUCAACUGUCCCUAAGGCCUUAUCCCCUUAGAGAGUUCUGCUUCCAUCUCAUGUAAUAGGAUCAAAUCAACUGAGUAAAGUCUGGAUGCCAUAUUUGUACUCUCUUCUUCAGAUAUCCUUUAGGCUACCCCCAGCUCCUUUCUCCAGCUAGGCAGUUUUUACAGAACUGGUUGAAAAGUGAAAAAUUCAUUCAAACAGCCAAAUCUUUUUGCUUUGUUAUUAAUUGUCAUAGUGUCAAAUAAUUGUUCCUUGAAAAAGAGUUUUUGACUGAUGGUUUGACUAAGCUGAUGGGUGCUUUUGGCAUUUGGGAAAUUCAACCUCACACCUGUUCCUUUGUAGUCUUUCUCCUCCUUUCUUUCACCAGGCUCCACAGCUAAUCUUCUCAAUAAGGCAUAAGCACCAAGAAGAUUCAGUUAAAUAAGAAAUCCAGAUCUAGAAUAAUUGCUUAGCUGGUAUAGGCUCAAAAUUAAAAUUUUUACUACUCCCCCACUUAAAAAUAUAUACAUAUUCCAUUUCCUUCUGCAUCUGCUUUUUAACUUUUAGGAAUUAAUGAUCCAAGAAGUUAUUUGUAUCUUCAUGGGUUCAAAGUUUGGGAAGGGGCCCAUAGCCUUCCUUUUCUUGUUAGGAAAUUUGGCUUUGAGGCUGAAGCUUCUUAUCAAGAUAAGAUAUAUGGAGGGUAACAGGAUAACAAGCAACUGUCAGCCUAAACAAUGAUUACUGGGGCAAACAAACUCAACAUGCUUCUGACAAGUCAGAGAAGUUGGAUUCUUCUCCAGAAUGUCAAGAAAUGAGGCUGAGUUGAACAUGACCUUUAUAAUGUAUCUGGAGAUGUCUGUUGAAGGAAAAGAUUGGGGAAAGCUCAACCCUUUUUUUUUUGUAAUUUCUAAUAAUAUAGAGAGUUAUUUUUGUUAGUAGGCAUAAGUUUUUGAGUGGAAACCAGUAAGAAUUGUAAAUAUGAUGAUUCUUUCUGAAUGUUGUACUUCAAUACUGCAUUAAGGAUUUCGGAUUGUUUUUUUGGAGGAGAGGAGGUAAAUAUAUAAGUUUAGUCCUUCAGCUAUCUCAUCUCCAUCCAUGUCUACACAUCUUAGGGAUCAGGUACCCUCUGCAUUUCUGUCAGAGCAUGAAAAUGUCUUUUAGAAGAGAAGAGGAAUCUACUACUGCUACUACUAUACUACUGUUAGCACAACUACCACCACCACUCUGUGUUCAGGAUUUCACUUUAGGUAGCUCAUUCUCUUCCUGGAGAAAAGCAUAGGAUGUUGUCAGCUUCUGGUGUGUCUUACAAUUGCCACUCUAUGUAUGGUCCUUAAUGUUGUGUGCUACUUAAGAAUUAAAUUUGGCAGAAAGAAGCUGCUGCUAGCAGUGUUUGGAUGUAAGAAGAUGCAUCAAAUCCAAGUGUGACUUGUGGGUAUGAAGACAAAGGGAAGCUUCUCAGGCUGACAGGCCUAGCUGAAGAAAAUAGGCCUUUUCCUCCAGAUUGUGCAUUCUCCUUCAGUUGAAACAAUUUUCCUUAACAUUUUUCUGCCUACAAUGUGACUUCCUCCAUAAUCCAUUUGCAUUCUUUAACAUGGAGCUGUACCCUUAUUUGAGUUCCCUAGAAAAUUGUCCAUUUGUCUUAGCAGAAGACAGCUGCAUUUAUUGAAAAACCUUUAAUGAGUUCAGAAGAAAGCCAAAAGCCUAUAUGAGUGUUUCUGGUUCAAUCUCAAUGUGAAGAUUUAAGAAGUGAGACUUUUCAUUGUGUGUAGAAUAAACUAGGACCUUAAUCCUAAAGACCAUGUUUUCACAACGCAAAACCCCUACUAUAAUUGGAUAGUCUCCAUGGGUAAGCUCUGGCCCAAACCACCCAUUUAAACAUGGUGAGGCUCAUUCCUCUGAAGAAAGGACAACUUGUGUUUGCUACCUUCUACCUCCUCUUCAGAUAAAUAGAACAGCUUUUAGGUCCAUUUGCUUAGCAUCUUUCACUCUAACACCACUGCAUUUCCUUGAAAAUGUAAAAUAUAUAAGGAAAGAAAAAUUUCUGUUCCUAGCAUGUAGAAAGUUUAAUUUUGAAGGAAAAACCCUCAAUGUCAGGUAUCUUCUUUAAAUAGAAAUGAUGGUAAUCAUCCGUGAACAGAAAGCUUAAUUUUAGAUACAGAAUUUUUCAUCACUUUUCUCCCAAACAUUUUUAAAAAAUUAAUAUCAGCAACCACUGUUGGAGUGGUGCCUGAUAAAUUGAUGCUUCUAUUAAAUUUAAGAAACUGGCUCUUUUAUCUGUGGCUUAUCAUAGCUCAUACUAGCAUUCUCAGCCAAAGGAAACUGGAUGGCUGCUUCACAAUGAGGCUAUAUUUCCAUUUUAUCCCUUCAGUGGAAAUACUGUCUGAAUAGUUUCCAUAGACUGCUGCUGGGAACCCUUCAUUCCCACUACAGCCCAUUCUCUGGAACUGACCUUCCCCACAGGGUAGAUUACUCCCGCUGAGCAUUCACAUCCAUAAUUGUUCUCUUCUAUAGGAAUAGUGGGGGAAAUGCCUUGUCAGAAGCUGGGAACAGGUUGUUCCAUUAGCUUUUCUGAAGAUGCCCUUAGAGCAAUAUGGGAGUGAUUUCUAAUUAAUUUCAGUGGUGGUACAUCUAUAUGGAUCCCUUACUUCAGAUUCAUCCCCUGGGCUUGUGUAAUCUUGGAAAAGAAAAGUGUUGGAGGGCAGGAUUAUAGGAUAUGUGUCAUGUGCAGGUGUCAAAGCCAAAGUGGCAUAGUUUCACAGACUCUUCUGGAUAGGGAGAUGUUUAGAUGAUGCAAACUGUAAAAAGGGAACUCCAUUAUGGAAUUAAAACAAUAAUGAAAAGCUAUUGGCUACAUAUUAGAGUCUAUUACAAGGACAUUCAUUUUUUAAAACAACUAUAAAAUGUUUUAAAUGAAGUCAAAUCUAAGAUGCUGAAGGUGUUUGUGUUAUAGUGUCAGUCCUAGAAAAGAGGAAGCUAUAGCAGUAGAAGCUUGGCUGCUUCCUAUUGGGGAUUUGAAGGCAAAGGCCCACUUAGAGAUAGGUCAAACUAAUCAUCUAGAUAGGGCUCUUCUUUCAAUAAGAUAAUUUCAGUUGCAGUACAGAAAACUUCUCAGACCAGGUGGAGGAGGGGGGAAGAAGGUUAAAAUGUUAGGAACAUUAUUUUUCUUUAUUAUACUAUACCCAUUAAAGAAACACAGCCAAAAGAAAUUAAUGAUACUGAUUAAAAGAAUUUCAUUCAACCUGUACUCACCAUUACCCCACAAAAAGAAAAAUAGCAGAAAGAAAUGUAACCUUAGAUCUCCAAAUGGAUCAAAGGCCAUUAUUCUCUUCCUUUUUCUCAGCAACAAAACCAAUUGAAUUUCGGAAAAGGAUAGACCAACUUGGCUUGGAUCUAUCAAGAUGGGUCCAGCCAAGCCUUACUCCAAGGCUUGUUUUCAAGAAAUAAAUGUUCCCUACUGAAAAGACCAAUGACCUUGUAAAGUCUUCAAGGUACAAGUGAAAAUUAAACUCUAUUAUGAUUUGUCUAAUCUAGUUACAAAAGUUCCAUUUUCUUGUUAUGGGAGCACUGUGUACUCAACUGUUGCUCUUCCUCUGUAAACUACAGGAAUUUAUAGUAGACUUGGGGAAGCAAGAAUGUGAUGCAGCAUAUAUAAUUAUUUGGUGCCUUGGCCAGAUUCUAGACUUAGCAUUUCUUACAUCAUCCCAUCUUUAAGUGCCUCUGUCCUAAUAUGGUCUGCUAUUUUACCCAAUUCUAUGCCGAUCAUGGUUAAAUAAUAAUGUUUUUAGGUUGGAGAAAUUGGAAAGACUCUGAAAAGAAUGAAAUGUAAAUCUGUUAACUUGGAUUGCAAGGGAGAGCAUUGCUCUGUAUGUUAUCUUACAUUUUUUAUUUAGAACUGUUCCAUUCUUGAACAUAAUUUAUACAUGAAUCUCUUGGAAUGGAAAAGGUUUUUUUCUUUGCCUCAUCAUUAGCCUUUAUAAAUAAAAGUUGUUUUGCAGAGUAA